ACCUCUUCACUUCUGGAGAGACGUCACUCACUCGGCAACCCCUCCCACAUGCAGCGGCCACACACAUAGACGAACAGCGCACUUGCAGCAGACACUCUACAUUCACUCCUACAAAAGCCUAUUUUAAGGCUCAGAACGCAUUAUUUCUUUUUCCAUUCAUUGUAAUGGGAAAAAUCAAUUCAGAUUUCAAACAAACAUGUAGAUUGAAAAUGGAAUGGGACCUAGUAGGGAAUCUUGUGGCACACCACAGGUAAAUAGAAGCUCUAGAUGGUCACUGAAGAUGCCUGUUCUUGGAGACAUCUGAGAGACAUGACUGGAGCCAGCUACGGAGUGCGUCCAAUAAUGUUUGGUGAUCAACAGUGUUGAAAACAGCACCAAGAUCACAUAGAAUUGCAAUGGAGUUUUAUAGUUUAAAGUAAUACUCGCAGAGAGUAAUGAGACACAGGGAAGUGGGUCAGAAGAGCAGUUACUAAAGUGCACUGAAGGCUCUUCAUUUGCAGUGGUGAUCCAUACAAGUCGGCUCCCUUCCUUUGAAUCGAUCACGACCCGAAAAGUAAAAAAGCUACCUCAGUUCAUGGUUAAAAGGGGAGAGAAUGAAGAAUGAAAAUGCUUUUUACUGUAGUAGACUGCCGUGACGUUCUGCACUUCAGGCACUUCAUGGCGAUGAUAGCUAAUAAUGUCAAUGUUAUUUAUACUUUCUUUGAAAAUGCGGCAAAUUUUUAAAUAAUUGUAACAUUUGAUUUCAAGUUUCUAAUGUAUUGGUAAAAAGCAUGGUAUGGGGUAUUUUUGUAAAAAUUCAAAUAUAUAAUUAAUGCCAAGAUAGAAAUAAUUGUGAUAUUUUUUAACACGUGUUUCAUUUAUUCGUAUUUAAUUCAAGUAUAAUUGGGUUAUAAUGCGGUAAUGAAACAGCAGAACACCGAAGAUUCAUAUCCGUAUCAUUUAAUUCUCACUGUUAUGUUGAAUAAUUGGUUGUGCUCAGGAGUGGUUUACAGUAAGACAGCUGUUUUAGUAUCAUUGUUAAGGUACUUUCCUGCAACGACUGCAUUGAUUUUUAUAAAUAAUUAAUGAACUUACAUUGACAAGACAUGCUUCUCUAAGAAAGUAAUCAUUGAAUUACUUAUUUUGUCAUGAACAAAUAAUUCUGCAGAGUAAUCAUCCAGAACAUUCUGGAGCAGUCGAGCAUGGGUGGGCUAUCUUUGAGUCUUCAUCUCCAGCCUAUCAGCACUCAGGGCUCCUGCAGGGUGUGGGGAACCUCAAGGGGUUAAAUGUGGCAGGGACCACCCGAACAAGUAUUCAGUCUUUCUCUUUGAGCCUGAACUCACAGUAAACCAGAGCAGCCAUGGUUGAGUGGAGCGAUCAGGAGCGCAGCAUCAUCAACAACAUCUUCGCCAACUUGGACUAUGAAGAUGUCGGACCCAAGGCUCUGUGCAGGUGUCUGAUCGUCUACCCCUGGACCCAGAGGUACUUUGGUGGCUUAGGUAACCUCUACAAUGCCGAAGCCAUCAAAACCAACCCGAACCUCGCCGCCCAGGGCACCAAGAUCCUGCACGGACUGGACAGGGCGAUGAAGAACAUGGAUAACAUCAAGGCCACCUACGCCGAGCUGAGUGUGCUGCACUCCGAGAAGCUGCGUGUGGACCCCGACAACUUCAAGUUGCUGUCUGACUGUCUGACCAUUGUCAUCGCCGCCAAGAUGGGCAAGGACUUCACUCCUGACGUCCAGGCCACCUUCCAGAAAUUCCUGGCCGUGGUGGUGUCCGCUCUGGGCAAACAGUACCACUAAGCCCAGAAGAACACAUUCAGUGGAGAUCUGACAUGUUUGUCUCCCUGCCAAGAAAUAAAGUCAAA